UCAAAAAGUUCCUAAACUUGUUUUCUUUCGGUUUUUGUAAUUUUCUACACUUUUAUUUGAGAGAUAGGAGUAAUUAACUAAUAAUGUAUGCUUAAAGUUUUACUUAGUUCGAUGGAAUUAUAAUACUAUCCAUUCGUUAACUUUAACUGCACAACAAUGAAAUCGGAUGCAGAGAAAGAAGCUGGUUCAAUUAUACUGAAGGAGUAUGGACACUUUUUCAAAAGGCAGUUCCUUGAAUACAGAUCCCUCACAUGUGACGAGCCAUGGGAGUCCAACAAGACAUUCGUGCCCAUCCAGGCGGUCAUGGAGCCACACGAAAUGGUCUCACUCAUUGACUUGGUUUCAUCAGAUAACACCUUGAUGACUAAAGUACUCAGUGUUUUAUCCUCACUAUGUGUUGAAGUGAUUGAAUUAAAGAAGGAAGCCUAUGAAAGACAUUUUCCUUUUCUGGCUGUUUAUGAAGAGUACUCUGGCAGUGAUGUUAGUUCCCAAAUGGAGGCAAUCUGCCUGCUAAGUGCGUUUGUGGGCCGCUGUGAGGAUGUGCUGCGGAACAUCUGCAGCCAGGUGUUUGCCAUCUAUACCGAGUCUGUGGUCAACCUGAAUGGCAUACAACUCCACUACAUUAUAAACCACAUUGGAGAAAUAUUCACCAUCCUAGUUCUGACAGAGCUUCUGAUCAUCAACACUUCACUGACCAACAAAUGGGACAAAUACUGCAAGGAAGUGAAGGGACAAAGACCAGAGAGUGUUGAUCUAACAGAGGAUCGAUUUAAAUCUAUUCUUGCGGCAAUUGAUAACAUUGGAUCAAAGUUGAUGAAUGAUAAUAUUGUGCAGAACUCCCUGAACAAUUUGUCCAUUCUUCGUCAGAAGCUGGUAGACAAAAACACAACCACACUGGCCAAUGAAAUGACACAGUAUUUAAAAUCAGCCAUAUUCAACCUGGACAAACUCAUUCAAGAAAAGCCGUCAUCAGUGAACCUGUACAAAUGUAUUAAAAUAAAUGCACUGUUUGUGCUAAAUACUCAUUUAUUUGGAACCCAUGAUAAGAAGAUAUUUAAAGCUCUUUUAGAACUUGAUGCAAAGGCGCACAGCGUGCCGGUAUCGGGCACGUGCGUGUGGUACCCGGAGCAGUUCCUGCAGCGGCACCUGGCGGCCGCCUGCGCCUCCACACCGCGCCUCGCGCACACCAUGCUGCGCGCCAGGCAGGCCUACAUCACCGGCAGAAAAACCUCCCUACCCCGAGAUGUAGCUAACCUACAAACUCUGUGCAUACAGUGGGUGCUGAAUGUAGAGGACUACUUCUCCCCAAAGCACACACAGUUGAACGCGGCCGAGAUGGGCACACAUGCUAAAGCACUGCUGUCUGGAUUGGAGUUGGCGUCGCAAACACAUUACUCGUUGCUGACUCUGAUCAAUUUGCACUUGUCGCUGGGAAUACCGCUGUCGAAAAGCAUGCUGAUGUCGAUUUUUGAAAUUAUUGAUGUUCUUAAGUGCCUCAAGAAUGCAGUCAACAGAAACAGCAGUAAUAUUGUUACUUCCAUAAAUAUGAUCAUCCAACAUCUGAUGUUUCAAGCGACUUCGUCUAUUGUGGAAGUGAAAAAGAAUUUGAUGACCGACAAGAACUUUGCUAAUCAGAGACUGGAUGAGUUGACGUGUGUGGUGAUCGCCGAGAAAGCGCUCAAAGGAGCCGCCACUACAGAGAGGAUCGUGGCGGCCAACGUGGCCCUCAGCUUCAUUCCAGACACCACAUACGAAGAGGACGCCUACGCCAAGCUUGGAAUUCUUCUGGAGAAAGUGCAAUCAUUAUCAAACUUCAUGAAUUCCAUAGAAGCAUCUUGCAAUGGCUCCUGGCUCAUCUGGCAUCAGAAUGUGAUUCCCAUCUACCUAGAACAGAAUUUCACACAGCAAAUGCAUUCCCUCAAGUUGAAAUACUUCCUCAGUGCCAUAGAAGAUUGCAUUACUGUCCUUCAUCAAACAGAUAAACAAUUCAAUUCAAACAAAGCCCAAGAGUUUCUUGACAGUAUCAAACUCCUGAUGGAGGAAAAUGUAGUGAAAUCUACUAGUCAACAGAUAGAGACAAAUUUGCGACUGCACAUACAUUCGCAUCUACAGUUGGAUGUCGUCAACCCCUUUAUGUUCGAAAUGACAAAGAAGAUGCUGCUUGUUAUUGACAACUUCAGACUUCACCAGAUCUACAUAUCCGUGAUACCUUCAGUGGAGCACUACCUAUCCACUAUGUACUACAACCUGACAACCGUGGUCUUAUCAGACUGGAAAACCUAUGGAGAAAUGAGGCAAAUGGCCAAGUUCAAGUUCAACCUAAACACUGUCCAAGAUAAUUUACCUACACAGACUCUCGAGCAAGGCCUCGACGUGCUUGAAAUAAUGCGUAACAUACACAUAUUCGUAUCCAAAUACCACUACAACUUAAACAACCAGAUCUUCAUAGAGAAGAGCAGCAACAACAAGCACCUGAACUCGAUCAACAUCCGGCACGUGGCCAACUCCAUCCGCACGCACGGCGCCGGCGUCAUGAACACCACCGUCAACUUCACCUACCAGUUCCUCAAGAAGAAAUUCUUCACAUUCUCGCAGUUCCUCUACGAUGAGCACAUCAAAUCGCGCUUAAUACGUGACCUGAGGAACUUCAAAGAGCAUUCUGCGUCUAACGGAAACAUGUAUAGCUUCAAGAAUGCGGAGAAGUUCAACAAGGGUAUCCGCGGCUUGGGUCUGGACGCGGAGGGGCAGAGCUACCUGGCGUUGUUCCGCGCGCUGGUGGGCGACGUGGGCGCGGCGCUGGGCUACGUGCGCAUGGUGCGCGCGGGGGGGCGCCACUGCUGCGCCGACGCCACCGUCUUCCUCCCCGCCCUCGACCGAGACACCUCCUUCACCACACUCUGCCAACAAAACGAUCUGGAACCUUCCACGGUAAACGCGGCCGAAAUUCUAGACCAGAAUAUAGACAGCCUCGUAUGCAACUUCACGCAGGGCACGGAAUACUUCAAGCUGUUGGUGGACGUGUUCGCGCCGAUAUUCAGGAAUCCUAAGAAUGUGCACCUGAAAAACUUCUACAUGAUAGUUCCACCGCUGACGCUGAACUUUGUGGAGCACAUGAUUUUGUCCAAAGACAAGAUGACGAAGAAGAAUAAAGUCGGUGCGGCAUUCACUGAUGACGGGUUCGCCAUGGGCGUGGCUUACAUACUGAAGUUAUUAGAUCAGGACUCAAGCUUCGAGUCCCUCCACUGGUUCGAGUCGGUGUGGAAACACAUCGGCGAGGAGCGACGCUCACUCGAGGAACAGAAGAGCAAAGGGUCAGUGCAGUUGCAGCAAGCCCUGGCCCUCACUGAGAAGAAAAUCAAAAUCAUGGAACAAGAAUUUCAAUUGCUGUACUACAGUUUAACUAGUGCGAGAAUAUUUUUCCGUUAAUGUUAAGUUUUUAUAUUGAUAGUUAAGUGUAGUGGGUGAUACAAAAAUGAUGUUGUAAUUUUAAGGGCGGUGGGAAUGGGCUUAGUUUUAUGACUGAGAAUUUGUGUAGUUUCAUGUCCACCUUUCUAAGCAUUACAAUGUCCAUUUGAGAACCUGAAAUAAUAUAAUGUACCUAUCUAAAGUUAUUGUAUAUACCGAAUAUUUAAUAAAACUAAUGUUAAUACUUAUA